GUUUUUAUAUACAUAAAGUACCCCAGUACAGUUGUGUAAGCACGUGCUCAGUGUUGAUGGAGGAAUCAGUGAACAAUGCCAAAUCUCUAGCCCAGCCCAAUUUAAGAGGAACAGAGUCUCAAGCUGCAUCAGAAUCCACAAUGUCACAGGCCAUUCAGUCUUGUGAAGUAUACCUAGUAAAUGAAACAUCAGAAGAGAGUAUACAAGAAUUACCUGGAACAUCUCAGGGGAUACCAUCAAAUGUCUUUGUGGCUUCAAGUGGUCCUUCCUGGAAUAACUUCAUGUGUCCAAUUUGCUUGGAUACAUUGAAGAACACCAGGAUCACCAGAGACUGUUUCCAUCGGUUUUGUAAAGAUUGUAUCAUCACAGCCCUUAGACGUGGCAACAAAGAAUGUCCUGUGUGUAGAAGAAAACUAAUUUCAAAAAGGUCAUUAGAUUCAGACCCUCAGCUUGAUGCACUCAUCAAGAAAAUGUAUCCAAGUUCUAAGGAAAAGGAGGCUCCUGAAGAGAAAGCAUUGGGCAAGAAGAAGAACAAAACUCAACAAGAACCCAGUGUCAUCAUUGAAACGAGAAGGGAAAUAGAUUCCAUACAUAGUGUCCACCAAGGAGAGAAGAAACAAAUUGAAACUAGUACUGGAUGGGAAGAUAAUCCUGGCAGUUCACCCUGCAAUAUUGCAUCAACACACAGCAGUGAAAGUGACAAAGCAAGUCCCGUUAACAAGCGGGCCAAAUCAUCUGGCCCGGAAGAUGAUAGUAAUUACGUAAUAGUGACCACUGAUCCUGUGACUGACACGGCUAAUGAAUAUGAAUCCAGUCUUCAUGCUACAGUUAGAGGAAUAGAAAAUCCUGCACAGACUGGGGGAAAAAAGUCUUCAG